AUGAGCCCCACUCGUCAUAUGCUCAAUUCCAUCAGUGCAGUGAAUCUCAUCCGGAUCCUCCUGGGUGUGGCAGUCCUGCUUUUCCUUAUGUUUCUGCUACUUGAGGCUCAUCUCUGCCAGGAAAGAAGUGCGCUCUCCACUCGGGCUUGGGGUCCCUGGCUCUGGGACACGCUCUCACACAAUGCCCUGUUGUGGCAGCUGGUCUGCAGCGGCAUGGUGGACAAGGACAAGGUGAAGCUGGAUUACAUUUUGGGCCUAAAGAUAGAGGAUUUCUUGGCUCCCCUGCAGAUGCAGGUCUUCAAGUUGGGCUUGGCCAAGUCCAUCCACCAUGCUCGUGUGCUCAUCCGCCAGCGCCACAUCAGGGUCCACAAGCAGGUAGUGAACAUUCCCUUAUUUAUUGUCUACCUGGACUCACAGAAGCACAUUGACUUCUUGCUUUGCUCCCCAUAUGGGGGUGGACUCUUGGGUCUGGUAAAGAGGAAGAAUGCCAAGAAGGGACAGGGAAGGGCUUGUGCUGUCGAUGAGGAGGAGUAA